GCCGUUAGGCAUAUGUAUUUCUAGACCUUUCGGCUAAGAUAAAGUAACUUAGGCCUUGUGCAAAAUAUAACGAGAACGGGCCUCACCUUCAUCAAGGGUUUAUAAAAAGAAGUUUCUAGUAUCGAUGACGUGUUAUUAUUCCUUACUUUUGCGUUUGUGAUUUCUCUCUCUCUCUCUCUCUCCCCUCCUGCAAUUAACCAAGCGAUAUCGCUGACUCCAACUCUCAAUCCAAAACCAUGAAACGACUCGCCGACGAAUCCGCAGCGGCAACCAUACCUAAACCAGUCUUCCUCACCAAAGCAGAGCGUGAACAACUAGCACUUCAACGCCGUCACGACCAAAUCGCCGGUCACAAACGCAACCAGGAAGAACUUCUCCUUUCCACUAAUAACCGUCCCUCCGAUCCCAAACCCUCUGACUCCGACCGCCGAGACCGCGAUCGUGACCGUGACCGUGAACGUGACAGAGAUAGGGAUAGUUACAGAGACAGAGACAGAGAAAGGGAUAGAGAUAGAGAUAGAGAUAGAGAACGAGAGCGGGAUAGGGAAAGGGAAAGGGAUAGAGAUAACAGAGAUCGGGAACGAAGAAACCGUGAUAGGGAACGUGAAGAAGAGAAUAAGGUUCGCGAGCGUGUUCGAGAGGAGAAACUAGCAGAGAGGGAGCGUGAGAAAGAGCUUGAAUCGAUCAAGGAACAAUACCUAGGUUCUAAAAAACCUAAAAAGAGGGUUAUUAAACCUAGCGAGAAAUUUCGAUUUUCAUUCGAUUGGGAAAAUACUGAAGAUACCUCGCGUGAUAUGAAUAACCUUUACCAAAACCCUCACGAGGCUCAGCUUCUCUUUGGUCGAGGGUUUCGUGCUGGGAUGGAUCGCCGUGAACAGAAGAAGCUUGCUGCUAAGAAUGAGAAAGAGAUGAGGGAUCAAAUCAGGAAGAAGGAUGGUAUUGAGGAGAAGCCGGAGGAGGCUGAUGCUCAGCGGCGUAAGGAGGAGGCUGCGGAAAUGUAUGACACUUUUGAUAUGAGGGUUGACCGCCAUUGGAGUGAGAAGAAGCUUGAAGAGAUGACAGAGAGGGAUUGGCGUAUAUUUAGGGAGGAUUACAACAUUUCCUACAAGGGUUCAAAGAUUCCUCGCCCUAUGAGGAGUUGGGUUGAGAGCAAGUUGAGCCAAGAGCUUUUGAAGGCUGUGGAGAAGGCUGGUUACAAAACGCCUUCUCCCAUUCAGAUGGCUGCUAUUCCCCUUGGCCUUCAGCAGCGCGAUGUUAUCGGUGUUGCAGAGACAGGUUCAGGGAAGACCGCUGCAUUUGUUCUUCCUAUGUUGAGUUAUAUCACAAGGCUUCCUCCUAUUAGUGAGGAGAAUGAAGCUGAGGGUCCUUAUGCUGUUGUUAUGGCGCCAACUCGUGAGCUUGCUCAGCAGAUUGAGGAUGAGACUGUUAAAUUUGCUCAGUAUAUGGGGAUUAAAGUAGUUUCCAUUGUUGGUGGACAGUCCAUCGAGGAACAAGGGUUUAAGAUAAGGCAGGGUUGUGAAAUUGUGAUUGCUACUCCUGGCCGUUUGAUUGAUUGCUUGGAGCGACGCUAUGCGGUUCUCAACCAGUGUAAUUAUGUUGUUCUUGACGAGGCUGAUCGAAUGAUUGAUAUGGGUUUUGAGCCGCAGGUCAUGGGUGUGCUGGAUGCUAUGCCUUCUAGUAAUCUCAAACCUGAGAAUGAAGAUGAGGAGCUUGACGAGAAGAGGAUUUACAGGACCACUUAUAUGUUUAGUGCCACCAUGCCUCCUGCUGUAGAGAGGCUUGCUAGGAAGUAUUUGAGGAACCCCGUUGUGGUGACUAUCGGCACUGCUGGAAAAGCAACUGACUUGAUCAGCCAACAUGUGAUCAUGAUGAAGGAAUCUGAGAAAUCCUAUAAGCUUCACAGAUUGUUGGAUGAGCUUAAUGACAAGACUGCAAUUGUGUUUGUUAACACCAAGAAGAAUGCUGAUUUUCUUGCUAAGAAUUUGGAUAAGGAGGGCUAUCGUGUGACCACUUUGCACGGAGGGAAAUCGCAGGAACAGAGGGAGAUUAGUCUUGAAGGAUUUAGGACCAAGAGAUAUAAUGUGCUUGUUGCAACUGAUGUUGCUGGGCGUGGUAUUGACAUACCUGAUGUGGCUCAUGUUAUCAACUAUGAUAUGCCUGGGAAUAUUGAAAUGUACACCCAUCGUAUUGGGCGUACUGGUCGUGCAGGAAAGACGGGUGUGGCUACAACAUUCUUGACUCUUCAGGACAGUGAUGUCUUUUAUGACCUUAAGCAGAUGCUCAUUCAGAGUAACAGUCCUGUUCCACCUGAAUUGGCAAGGCAUGAAGCUUCAAAAUUCAAGCCAGGAUCUAUUCCCGACAGACCACCUCGGCGAAACGACACUGUUUUUGCUCAUUAGAGAACUAUCUUUUGAGGUUUAAAGGCAUAUAUAUGCGUUGCAGGUAAUAUCAAUGAACAUUUUGCUAGUCAUGCUUAGAAGCUUAAUCUGUUUUUGCUUGCGGUUAUUAUAGGAUCUUGUAUAAAGUUAAGGAACUUUUUUGUCCUGAUGUCAUUGUCAUCAAUUGUGUUAUGCCUGACUAGAGUUGCUAUCAUGCUUAUUUUAUUUCAAACAACAUUUGGUAAUUUUAGAUGACAAUCUUUUGAUUGGUUUUGUCAUUUGGCUUUAAUAUUUGUUCUCUAUAGCCUGUGCCAAACUAUUUAAUUAAAAUUUGCUGAUUGCUGAUGUCAAAUCAAACUGCUUUGUGUGAACUGUUUCUUUAAGUUUUGGUGACUUUAAAUUCUAUUUGUGGUGUUAUUAUAUCAUUUUAUUUACUACAACUAUGACUAGGACAGUUGUAAAACUGAAACCACCAUGACUAGGAAUCCUUAUCCUGAAGUUAUCCACUUUGAAGAAUGUACCUAUGUUCAGAACAUUGCAGAACUACAGAUUACUCAGAGGCCACCUAGGUAGUCAAUCCUUGAUAGUUGUGCGACCAUCCCCUAGAGUGAGACAUCGGGUUAGUAUGUAGCAUGAUGGCCACUAUUUGAUCAGUUUUUGGACAAAUUACAAGAAUAAUACUAUAAAAAUAUAGUUAAUGGAAAAUUAAACAAAUAACUCAACUCGUAAAAUAUUUAUAAUUAGCAAUUAGCAAUAAAAAACAUACAUUUAUAUACCAACAAAAAUAGUAGGGGUGGAAUAGCGAGGAAGGAAAAUUGGCAAAAAAGGAAAUAGAGGAGGAAAACUAGGGGGAAAAAAACGGGAUAGAGGAGGAAAACUGGAAAAAGAAGAGAGAAUAAAGUAAGAAAAAAAGAACCUGGUGUGCACUGGGUUUUUUGACAGUGCUAUUGGGCUGAGCUAUAUUGAUUGAUUAGAAUUUCAAAUCCAUGGCGCAAGGCAUACAAAUUUAUUUUCUUCUGGGAUAGGAGAGACAGUUUCAAUGGUUUUGAGCAGAAGUGUUAUGCUUGUACCAAAGACUGUAUAUGGUUCAACCCUAGUGGCCAAGCAAGAUUAGCUACUAAAGCAAAAUAAUGAUCUGUCCAAAAACCCAAUUAGGAUAAAACCAAUGUAAGGAGAGCCAGGAAAAAAAGUGUUGGAGGCUGAAUGGUAAACUUCAAAGUAAAAGACUGGGGAAACUGCGGGACAGUGGAGGCCUCAUGAACACAGGGUGGGAAAAAAUGAAACUUGAGAACACUCUACACUAGGAGGAUUCAACAAUGAAAAAAUUAGUAAAGCUUAGAAACUUGCUAGGUCUCUUGUGAAACCUUCCAGAUUAGCUCUUUCCGGUACACCUCUUUUUUCUAUGAAUGCUUCAUAUACCUCGCUCAACUCAUAGAUGAUGAACUUAAGCGCCACAAACUAUAGACCCCAAUUCUUUCAUAUCUAUUGUUUGUGCCCAAGUAAUAGAGAAACUGUAGUGGCUGAGGAUCGGACUUGCUAAGUGGCCUUUACUGUUAGCACCUUGAAUCUUCUGUAGAUGUCAAGAGAUAUCUGCAUUUGUCUUUUCUUUGUUCCUCAAAAAAAAAAGAUGCCAUUUGAUCGUAUCACCUACGUUUAGGUCAUUCAUAAACGUAAACAAGUUGUGUGCAUUGAUUUUGCACUUUUGAUCAUGUCACCUACAUUUAGGUCAUUCAUAAACGUAACUGAGGCUCUGAUUUGGUUUACACUUUUGUUAUGUUUGAAUUGGCAGAGGGAACUGGGAAGUAUUGUAAGAGUGAAAUAGAAAGGUAUUAAUAUUAUAGGUUUAUUAUUUCAUCUUAUUCUUUUUAAUAGUCCACUUUUUACUUCUUCAAUAUGGAAGAAUAAUAAAUAAAGUUUUUUCCUUUAUUUGCUUAUUAAAUUAUCAAAAUAGUGUAAUGAUAAACAUAUUUCAUUCAUCUAUUGUUUUACUAGUGUAAAAACUCUUGCAAUGUGCCAGAAAUGUGUUUUUUUUUUUAAUAUUUGUGUAGAACGUCUGUUUUUAAAAAUUACUAAAUUGGGUGUGAAAAAAGAUGUAAUGCAAAGUAACCAAAUUUUUAAUUUAUUAUUAUGCUUUAUAAUUUACUAUUUUUAUGGCUGGCUUGGAAGAAUUUUUUUCUGCUUAUGAGAUAAUAUUUUGGACUAAACUAAGCCUCUUGUCGGUGCUUGUGUCUGCUUUCCUUGAACACAUGGUAGCAUAUUGCUUUGCUUCCUCUAGGUGUCUCUACUGAGGUAUGUUAUGCAUGUUUGUUUUCAUUUUAUUUAUUUUAAAAAUCAUUUUUUUAAUUGGUUUUUAAUUUCCUUUCUUGUUUCUUGAUGAGGAGUUGGGAUACUUUGGUUUUUUGCUCCCGAAAUACCAGAGAUGUUCAUUGAUUUUGUUUCUCCUCCUCCAAGGUCUUCUAAAGGGUAAAAGCUUCAAUUAAUCAUGGUUGCAUUUUUUGUUAUUUCUCCCCCAAAUUUUUCUUUUUCUAUUGGUUUGAAAUCAUAGUUGUAAGUAGUAGUCCAAAGUUUAUAGCAAUUCAAAAUACUAGUCCAAACUCGUAAUAUGGAGAUAUAAAGGUGGUUUUGUGGUUGAAGAGUAAUGGAAUAGAGUGAUAGAUGCAUUGUCAGUCCAGAGUUUACGACUACUUUUGUUGAUAAUAGAAAAACCAUAAGAAUAUUGUUUGAAAUGAGGAAAAAGCAUUGUGCAUUGUC